AUGGCAAACUUCCUCGCCUCCAUCUUCGGCACGGAACAAGACAAAGUCAACUGCAGUUUCUACUACAAGAUCGGCGCAUGCCGGCACGGCGACCGCUGCAGCCGCAAGCAUGUGAAACCGUCGUACUCGCAAACGAUCCUGCUGCCCUCCAUGUACCAAAACCCAGCGCACGACCCCAAGAACCGGCUCACGCCCGAGCAGUGCAAGAACCACUUCGAUGCCUUCUACGAGGACCUGUGGUGCGAGCUGUGCAAGUACGGGGAGCUGGAAGAGCUCGUCGUCUGCGACAACACCAACGACCAUCUCAUCGGCAACGUCUACGCGCGCUUCAAGUACGAGGAUAGUGCCCAAGCCGCCUGCGACGAGCUGAAUAGUCGCUGGUACGCGGGUAGGCCUAUAUACUGCGAGUUGAGUCCCGUGACGGAUUUCCGCGAGGCGUGUUGUCGGUUGAACAGUGGGGAGGGGUGUGUGAGAGGCGGGUUUUGCAAUUUUAUACACCGCAAGAACCCCACGCCCGAGCUCGAUCGCGAGUUGGUGCUUAGCACGAAGAAAUGGCUCAAGAUGCGGGGACGCGAUGCUAAGAGUGCUAGUCGGAGCCCGAGUCCCGAGCCAACGCGGAAAAGAUACUAG